AUGAAUUUUGGAGACAAUGAUGAACGUAAUCCAAUUGGUAUGCUCCAGGAACUUUGCACAUCUCUCCAUCUUCCUCCUCCAGUUUACAUAACAGAAUGUGAAGAUGGUCUUCCUCAUCAGCGUUUAUUUACUGUUUCAUGUAAUGUUUCUGACUACAAGGAGACUGGUAUAGGAAAAUCUAAAAAAAUUGCUAAACGACUUGCAGCUAAUAAUCUUUAUUUAAUCAUUCAGGCAGAUCUCAGUCUAAACUCUAAAGCAGCAGAAAAUGUAGAUGACUUUGUUCGUCAACAAUCCAGUAAUCUAAGUGGUUUGAAAAAUUCAAAAUCCACUUCUCAAUUUUAUAGGUUACCUGAAAUUCAUAGACAUUUACCGUUAACUGAUGGCCCGUGCUAUAAUGAUCUCAAACAAAUGGAUGACGAACAAAUGUAUUCGUGUAAUGCCAAACUGGUGUUAGACAGUUUUACUGCUGAACAAGGACUUAAAGCAGAAUUUAUUGAUUUUGAAGAACUUUCAAGUACUGGUAAAUAUCAAACUUCUCUUCAAGUAUCUACUCCCAUUACUGUGGCUUUUCAUGGUGAAUCCACUAUCAGCUAUGAAGAAGCUCAACAGGAUGCUGCUUAUAGGUCAUUGGUAUUUUUUAAAUGUAUAUUAAAAAAUAGAGCAUUAAAUGGUGUGCAAGUUACUUAA